AUGACAACCACGCUGGUGCAGCUGUUGGUGGCGUUCGUCGUGUUGCAAGCUGUCCUCGGCACCAAUCGCCAGAUCGUGACCGGAAAUCCGGCCGCCGGUUCGUUCCUGAGCGUGCCGACGACGGUCAAGAGGUACGAAAACGAUACCGUCCUGCUGCCGUGCUAUCAUAACUCACCCUAUCGGUAUGUGCGCUGGUCACGGGAUGAUCUACUGCUGGUGGACUCACGCUAUCCGGAUCUGAGGACACCACCCCGCAUGCGACUCUGGCCGAACGGGAGUCUCGAGGUGACGGAGGUGCAGACGGAAGACACAGGAGACUACACGUGCGAGAUCAUGACCGAUGGUGGGAAGGCAUCCCAGCGGCACGCCAUCGAGGUGCAGUAUCAAGCAACGGCAGCCGUCUAUCCGGAGGAUCCGAUCGAUAUCCGAGUGGGGCAAAUACUUGAAGUUGUGUGUCAAGUUACGGGCGUUCCUCAACCGUACGUGAAAUGGACGUUGCAGAACGAAAAUGCAUCGAUCCCGUUCGAAAACGAGCGUAAGCUGGCCGUGCUGAUCGAGGAUCGUAACUUCUCCGGCCCUGUCCAAUGCACCGCUACGAAUGGUGUCGGUGAACCAGCUAUCGCAUCCGUCGAAGUUUUUGUCCACUUUGUGCCGGAGAUUGAGGUUAAAAGUCCGACGGUGCAUACGCGCGUCGGUGAGACGGGCAUACUGGAGUGUUUGGUAACGGCACAUCCGAUCGCUACAAUACAUUGGUUCCAUCAUGGAUUGCCGGUAGUGUUUGAUCGGCGCAUUGUUAAGCUGGAUGCGCUCGUUACCAAGCAUCAGUACUACACCGUGCAGCGCCAUCAGCUAGCGAUACGGAACCUGCGCGAUGCGGACCUUGGUCAGUAUGAGUGUAAGGCGGGCAAUCGGGUUGGGAUUGCUAGUGCCCAUCUCGAGCUAACUGGACGACCGAUGGUGGCAAGCUUUAAGCCGGCGGCUGAGAUGUCUUCACCGACGACGCACAACUUUAUCUGGCAAACAGAGAGCUAUUCACCCUUGAUCGAGUACAAGCUAAAGUUCCGACGGGUGCCAUCGGGGAACGUAACACCAGCGAGACGUAACUUUCCGCUGCUAGGUUGGAAUGAGCUCAUAAUACCAUCGGACGGUUCCUACGGUCCUCUGCAUUCGAUCGGCUACACGCUGCAAGGACUGCAGCCAACGAGCGUGUACGAGGUGAUCGUCCUAUCCCGCAAUCGGUACGGUUGGAGUGAUCCGAGCAACAUCCUGCGGUUCGCUACGGGCGGUGAAGUGGAGAUUGAAGCUGGCAGCGAAGAUACGUCCGCAUCCAUGAUGCCUUCAUCCUCGGCCUCCUCCAGCCAGACGACGGAAACACUCGAGUACAGCGAAUCCGAGCUAGGUAACUAUGGUGGUGACGGUGGGCUUAUUACGGACAAUAUGAUUCCAAACGAUUUCUUCGACUAUGGUACGGUCGGUGAAGGUGCUGCACAUCGGCUAGCGCCAAUAUCUACACUCUGUGUGCUGCUACUAUCAGUGAUAGCCAUUCGAAUAAGCUUUUCGUAGC